GACUUAAAAUGAAAAAAAAAGGUUAUAUCAACAAUUUGUUUGAAAACUACAAUGUUUCUUAGAUAAAAAAAAGAAGGACAUCAGGCCUUGUCCUGAGUGUGAUAUAAUUACACGAUUUCCUUUUACAAAUCGGUUUAAUAUAGCGGUGAAACAGUACUUUUAGUUGAGCUUUAUUAAGGAGAAUCAAUUGCUGCAGUUACAUAAUUGUUACAUUGAUCUUUAUGUUCAGAUUCACUUUAUUUCUAUAAACUAUCAAAGCUUCUCAAACCUAUGAGCUCAGAUCUACUUUCUAAAAGGGUGAUGUUUCAUUAAUAGUCUCUUAUAAUGCAUUUUGUAGUACUCUAUCAAAGUCCAGUGAUUCAAAAAUUUUUAAGUUUCUAUUUUUGAAAAAUCCAAAGUUUCAAAAAUUAAAAGUCUGAAAUAAUAAAGUCCCAGAAUUUUAGUCUCAAGUGUUACUUUAUAUGUACACAUUUCUCUUUACCGAUUUCUCGGUAAAGAUAAGUUUUCCAUUACCGCUAUUAAAUUUUAAUGUUUAAUGCAGUUCAUACAAAAUUAGCUCCACCAGUGUGUCGAGACUUUGGAUAUCUCUGACCUAUAUAACAUUUUCAAUACUUUUUAUAUACACGUGUUUUAUACAGAAUUAUGCAAAAAUACCAAAAGAUGUUACGAAUAAUGAUGGAUUGUUUGUUUACGUAAGAAAUAAGAAUAAACGAAGUAUUUUACACAGUCAAGGUGCCAUUUUAAUCGGUAUGCACCGUCUGCAAAUCUGAGCUGAUCACACGUGUCCAUGGAGCCGAAGCGGACUUGAUAAAUUUAAAAUAAAAUUGAUCCAACCAUUUGGUGCGCUGCCCUGACCCAGUUCGCGUUUUGCUCCCGUCUCCAGUGAGUAGAAUAAGACGACGAACAACCAAGAAUCGCCUCAGGGAAUUGCCGCCCUCAGUGGCGGGAAAUCGUCGCGAGCCCUGGAAAACUAUACAGGGUGUCCCAAGCAACUGGGACACAUUACAAUUUUGAAAGAGUAAAAUUGCAACGAAAAGAACAAAAUGUAAUCUUUACUCUUUUAGAAAUUCAGCGACCAUUAAAAUUUGUUAAUUGUAUCAUGGAUCUGGGAUUAUUAGGUCUGUUAUUUGAUUUGGUAUCGGCACACGUCAGUGACAAUUCGAAGACGAUGUGGUAAUUCCCUGAUGGAUUAAUUUGGCCCACGAUCUCUACCUUUCGUCAGGAACAUGGAGGAAGCGGACGUUCAGCAGGAAUCAAGGGACCAAGUUGGCAGUUUGAUUUUCUCUCCUCCGCCGAUGAAGAAGUCCGACACGAGGGAUAGCAUUUCCUCCGUGGACAGCGACGUGAGCCUGUCGUUCGACCGAAGAGGAUCCAAAGGAGAGGAAGCUGAUCUGUCAGACUGUGGAAGCACCGGUAGCGAACGAAAGUUGAACGAUGCAACGGAACAGCGACCGAGUUCUGAUCCCGACUCAGGAGCGGACUGCCGGGAGGAAACCAGGGACCAAAAGCAAGAAACGGUUGCAGCAAGCACCGCGACACAGGCCGACGAUUUUGUCCCGCCGAACGACGAGUUGACCGAGAAAAUUUGUGCCCAAGUGGAGUUUUACUUCUCCGACGAGAAUAUCGUUAAGGACGCUUUCUUGUUAAAACACGUGAAGAGGAACAAGGAGGGCUACGUGUCUCUGAAGCUCAUCUCGAGUUUCAAGCGAGUGAAACACCUUAGCAAGGACUGGAGAGUGGUCGGUGCCGCUUUGGCAAAAUCCAAGAAGCUUCAAGUGAAUCCUCAGGGUACGAAGUUGAGGAGAAUCGAUCCUCUGCCGCCUUUCGAUCAGACCACCCCCUCGAGGACGAUUCUGGCUGCGAGACUUCCGGUGGAGAAGUUAUCGGUGGAGACCGUCGCUGAGAUUUUCAGGCCAUGUGGGGAAAUCGCUCUCAUCAGAGUCCUUCGACCUGGACAUCCCGCGCCAGCCGAGGUGCGACAGGCGAUCGCUAAGAGGCCAGAGUUGGCAGCCAGCGACGAGUGCGCCAUGGUCGAGUUCACGGAUUCAGCGGCCGCUCGUGCCGCUUUACAAAUGUCCUUGGGCGAUGCCAAGAUGUUCGAGCUGCAGCAAUCUGGAGACAAGAAGAAGAAACAGCAACCUGCGAAGAAAAGUGCCCUGACGAGAUUGGCCAAAGAGGAAACUUACAACUCAUCGAGUGGACCCAGUGGAUCUGAAAACGAGGAUGGACGAGCCAGACAUAAGAAACCCAUUCAUACGUACCCAGCGUAUCAUCCUUAUCCGGGCAACCAUUAUCAAGGACCCCCAUCACCAGAUGCAUGGUUAUCUCGCCGAUUAUCCUCCUGUUCGGUGUCAGGUUCAGAAAAUGGUUUCAUCCUCCGUCGUUUGUCAUCCUGUUCCGGCUCAGGUUCCGGUUCGGAAACCGGAAGCUUCGGUAGACGAUACUCAGCCUGUUCCUCCGGUUCGGAGACCGGUUACUACCACCCAGUUUUCCCGGCGAAUUACUAUUAUCCGGAAAAUCGACGUUACUCGUGUUGUUCGAGUUCCGGUUCCGAGUGCAACGGUGCCUGUUACCAUUCUAGUCGUCGCGGAUCCGCCGAUUACGGAUUCAUAAGGAGGUUAUCCGCUUGCAGUCGAGAUUCUGGCUACGACAUCGGUGUGAGAAGGCUGUCCUUGUGUUCCUCCGGUUCCGAACAGGCUGGAUAUUGUCGACCCAGAAGUAACAGCGGUAUUGCGUUAACGCAUUUGCCUGAGAACGUGACGAGAAUGCCAUCUGGCCCAGAUGGCACGCGUGGGUUUGGCCGACCGCCAAAAAUGAAUGCCAUGGCACCACCCAUGGAGCCCACGUGUUAGAAAUUAUUUAUUCUCGACAAACUUUCUUUCAGAUUCUAUUACAAUUCUCGCUAAUUAUGGAACUGACAAUGUACAAGUAGAACGGUGGAAAUAAAAUAGGCUAUAAGUACCAUUUUUCAAAAAUUCUUUUUACAAAAAUGGUACGCAGUGGUGCAAAAUUUAAACCUGGAAGGUUUAUCAUUAGAUUGUCAAACUUUAUGUAAAGAGUAAACUAUACAUGGUAUACUUUUUACAAACCUUAAAUUACUUCAUAUAUGUAUGUGGAAUUCCAUGUAGAAAUAACAGAUACACAAAAUAGGUAAAUAAAUUAAUUUUAAUUAGAAAAAGAUUUUUGAAAAAUAUUCUAAUUUCAUUUGUUUCUUUGGGGCUCCUUGGCACCCUCUCUAAGUACGUCACUGAGGUGUACUUAGGACAAUGAUAUCGAGGACAAUAGCAGUAAAUAUGAACUGAAGUAAUAUUGCAAUAAUUCACAAUUUUUAAAUGACCAGUUUUUACAAGUUUAGUUAUCAUAUAUUUUGAUAAACAAGUUGUUUUCACAGAAAUUUAAAUGUUGCAGUUGUAUUUAUUUUCACUGUUCAAAUAUGUAAUCAGUUAUUAUUAAGAAUUUGGUACCUUGUCAGUUUAAUGAACAUAUACUGUCUUUAUAUUAUACAUGUUUUUCAUUCGUUUGUAUUUAAUUUUAUCAAGUGAUUUUGAAUGUUUUGAAACAGUCGCAGGAAUGUAUUUAUCUUCUUUCUAGUUUACGUGUUAAUUAUUUGAUCAUAAGAGAUUUCUACUUAAAAUGAUGUAAAUAAUAAUAUUUUAAAUGUUACGUAAUUGUGAUAAGCGUCAAUUUUACAAAGGACAUUUUAAAUCCAUGUAUAUACAUAGAUGUACACUAGCGAGCAAGUCUGGCUUCUUCUGGAGAAAAUUGAAAAAAAUUUGCUGCAGAUGAAAGAUCGUAAACAGUUAUCAAGUGUUAAGUUUAUAGAUCUAGAGUUUUAUAAAUUUGAACGUUUAGUAAUUUGUGAAAUUAUAGAUUUAAGAAUUCAUAAAUUUAGCUAUUUAGAAAUUUAAGAAUUUGGAAAUUUCAUAAUUUAAAAAUUGUCAUAUUAGUAUAAUUGGAAAUUCAGGGAUUCAAAACGGAAUUACCCAAAAAUCAGGAGAAGCCUACAUUGCACCCGGGUGUACAAAAGUUUUCGAUUGUGAAGUUCUGUGAUAUCGACGAAUAAUAACUAUACUUCGUUCUACGAAAGAUCAUACUUAAUUUGCGCAGCUCCACUAAGUUUAGAACGUUUCGCGCCAUCUUGGCUACCCUUCUGCCACUUGUUUUUCAUUCAUUCGACCACGUACACGGUCAACAAAAAUGAAAGAGAUAUUAAACUCAAUUUUUAGAAUAAUUUCACAUCAUAACUUGUUGGAGGAAUUUUAGAUAUAAUAAAAAAAUAUUGUGUUUAACAGAAAUCAGAAUUGAUGAGAGUGUCCACCAAGUAUAUACGACUAUGUUUAUAAUGUGCAUGCGCGUUGCUCUUAGUUAUUCAGUUUGUUAUAACCAAUCAGGAUCAACAUGCGUAGAUGAGCGAAAACUCAUCAUUCAAGUAGUAUGUAUGAUCUUAUAUGGAACGGAGUAAUUUAUACUGUACAGACUUCGAAAUCGCAAGUAGUAUAUGUCCGUGUUGAACAGACACUGAAAGAUGUGUUGAACAGCACUGAAAGAUGUGUUGAACAGACACUGAAAGAUGUGUUGAACACACCUGGUGUGUCAUUCGCGAUACUCAAACAUUAAUAUACAUUAUGUAAACAUUGUAAAGAAAUAUAUUGAUAUUUUCCAAUUGUA